AUGGCCACAACACCACGUGUUCUCGUUUUCGGUGCAGCGGGAGAUGUUGGCUCUGCGGCGGCCCUUCAAGCUCACCAGGAAAGUGCGAAGGUCUUCCUGGCCAUGCGGAACAUCGCAAAAUCUAUUCCGAACUUGGACGACAUCUCUCUCGAAAAGAUUCAAGCAGAUCUCACUAAGCCUGAGACAGUCAAAGCCGCUGUUAAUGAGACUGGCGCAAAAGUGGUCUUUAUUUACGCUGUGUUUGGGACCGACGAUGGCAUGCGACCUGGCCUGCUGGCGCUCAAAGAAGCCGGUGUCGAGUCUGUUGUUCUGUUGAGUAGCUUCACCGUUGAUGGUAACCCCCGGGAUGUGUCGCCUACCGAUUUUAUUGCUUGGCAUCACGCACAGGUAGAAAUCGCGUUGGAGGAUAUAUUUGGGGUCGAAAACUUUACCGCCAUCCGACCGGCCUAUUUCGCAAGCAAUAUAUUUCAACACAAGCGUGGCAUCAGGAAGGGCUUGGUCGAGUUGCCCAACCCGGAGGCCCAAUUUGACUGGAUUUCCCCAUCGGAUAUCGGACGUGUGUGUGGAACUAUACUGGCGCAUGGCACUGCACAGCAUAUCGUGGGGCUGGUUGGGGCGGAGAAAAUGGCAUUAAAGGACGCUAUAGCCGUGAUUAGUGGAAUUCUGGGGACGCACGUCGAGAUCCAUAAAAUUGGGGCAGAUCAAGCUCUGCAGAAUUUGUUGAGAACAGGGGUUCCCCCUCCUGUGGCUAGUUGGAUGAUACAUGAUGUUAUGCAGAAUGCAGGCGCAUCCUUCCAUGCGACUGGGUUUGAGGAAGCUGUUGGAAAUAUUCAAAAGUACACUGGAAAGCACCCGGUCAAGUUUCAGCAUUGGGUAGAGGAAAACAAAAACAAGUUUCAGGAAUGA